ACAUCAUUUCGUUUCAUUUGGAAUUCAUGCCAGUUUGGGUUUCAUUAAACAAAUAAAUAAAUGUUAUCCCUGUUGCGACCUAUCUUCAAAAAUAAUCGCCAAAAAGUGUUUUCACUGUUGCGACCUAUCGUUAAAAAUUAUCGCCAAAAAGUGUUUUCACUGUUGCGACCUAUCGACAACAAGUUUGGCCGCGAAAGAAAGAAAAUCUUAAUAUUAUUAAUUUGUUUUUUUAAUUAAUCCUAUGUGGGAAUGUCUAGAACGGUUAUUUCGCAGCAUCUUAUCAAAUUCCUCAAAGAUGAGGAGCAAAUGGUAUUGCACGCCACCACCGACUCAGACAGGGAGGACGUGAUGAGUAUGUACCACAAAUCGAAAAUCACAGUGGAUGACAUGAUGCGGGAGUACACCCCGGAGGAAGUGCGGAUGCUGUGCGAGCGCACCAAAUUACGGGUACAGAUGUACAGAAUGAAUAGCGUGUGGGACGCCAAGAAGAGGUUCGACAAGAAGAAACGGCUGGAGAACAAGUCGGAGAGGUUUGUGAACCGAAUGCUUGUAAAGGCCCAUAAUAGGAAGAUGGUUACACCGUAUUCGGAUCUGGAAAGGGAUAAAUACAAGGAACUAGCCGCCUGCCACACGAAGAAGGAUAACAAUGUGCGUCUAGACCGUUGGCAGCGCCAGCGCUUAAAAGCGCUAGACCGGUUCAGUAAAGAGCCUCCUGCUCCUGUAAAUGUCUUGAGCAAUAGCAGCUCGGAGUCGGAACCCGAAGCAGAAAUGGCCACGCAGUCGCCAAUAAGCUCUUCCGAGCCUGCUCCAGCUCCUGUAAAUGUCUCGAUCAAUAACAGCUCAGAGUUGAAACACGAAGCAGAAAUGCUCACGCAGUCGCCAAUAGGCUCUUUCGAGCCUGCCCCAGCUCCGUUGGAGUCCCAAUCGCAAUCCCAGUCGGAUGAGACUACUAUGAACGAUUUCAUCCAGCCAGUCAUUCCGCCGCCUGCUCGUAAAGCCUUGCCGGACCAAGACAGCGACCAAAAUCUGUGGGGCAUAGGCGACUUAGAUGAAAUGGAAGAAUCAGAAGACAAGGGCGGCCCACCCGCUGCAGUGGCAGAAACACAAAUGGACAUAUUUGAUUGGAAGGCAGCGGCACAACAUAUUAACUCGGAGAGUCUUUCGAUGCAGAGCAUUGUGUGUACACAAAACACGGAGCCCGAUUACGAUACAUUUGGCACCCAGGUGGUGGCCGCAUCUACCCAAGAUACUGUGGAGAGCCAGCCAUUCUAUAAGUAAAAAUAUUAGCAUUGUUCUUUUCCUAUAUUUUAAGUUACUAAUAUUACUCCUUGUAAAAUUUAAGUUUUUGUUUAUUUAUCGUGCGUUUGUUACGUGAAGAAAUAUAUAAAAAUUGCGUUAAAAACAUGUCUUAGUGUAGAGAAAAUGAUAAAAUGAUUAAUAAUAAAACCUUAAGCUAAAAUAC